AUGUCGGACGUAGACGAUUACUCCAUCACUGGCUCAGACAACGCCGCAGACGUUGGCGAGCUGCCUGGAGUUGAUGAGGACUUUGGAGCCAUAGAAAUGUUCGAUAGCAAUGCCGCGCCUUCCACCUUCUCCUCGCAGGCCCCAGUAGCGGUCAUGGCAGAAGAAGCUCCCCUGGAAGCAUCACCCAGGAAAUCGAAGCGAGAUAAAAAGGGCAAGCGAGACAGGAAGCGGAAAUCGUCCCAGGAAGAUGAUGUCGCUACUUCGCCAAUCCCGGAAGAAGAGGACUCGUCCAGGAAACAGAGAAAACCGAAGAGAAAGUCGACCAAGGGUGCGGAAAUUUUGGACAGUCAGCCGACUCAGCAUGAGCCAAUUGAACCCUCAGAGGAUACGCCCUGGGGCCAGUUGCAGGAGGAGGAAGCGGCCGCAUUAUCCAAGACACGGAGGAAGCGCAAGCUGUCGGAUACUGUAGAUGGUAAAGGCCGGAAGAAGAAACGAUCUCAUGAUCAGGAACCUGAGAGUCAAGAUGAUGAGGCAGGUUCUUCGAAUCUCCUCCGCAAAAGGAAAGAGCAACGCGGUGAUUUGGAAAGUGCCAUAUAUGAAGAUGAUGAGCCGGAGUCUGACACGCAAGAAUCGCCCACCGUCGCCCACCUACGUCGACGAAGCCAAUCACGAGAAGCUCGCUCUAGAGAGAAUAGUGUUCCCAGCGAAAGCCAAAUGGAUGUUGACCCGGGGGCUGAGGACCGCACAAAGACUGCUGUGGCCGCAUUGGCUGAAGCAGACGGCGAUGUCGAGCGCUUGGCGCGUGAGGCCUUGGACGAGCACCAUAUUGGACAGCAGGCAUUGGAAGAAGGGCAAAACGUAGAUCAGGAUCCAGACAUGUCUAAUCAGUAUCCACAAGAGCCGUUGAAUGCUAGCUUGGAGAGCAUGGUUGAGGCCGAGCUACCGAUUGCGAAGUCGAAAAAAUCCCGAUCCACUCGGAAGAAGGCCAAGCCAACCUACUUUGAGCAGGAUCCCAUCCCGGAUAUUGUGAGUGAGGACGAAGGCAACAGGAAUGCUUGGGAAGAGUCGCCUUCGCCGUCUGCUGCAAUGCCAAAGGCUCGAAGAGUGAAACGGGCGGCUAAGAAGGAAUCUCGUGGCCGCAAGCCGAAGAGGGCAAAACUUUCACAGUCCAUGCGUGGUGGCUCGGCAGAUGCAGAUGAUGCCUUCGCACAGGCUUCUGGGCAGCCACGAAACCGUUUGACUGGUUUCAAACAAGGUCGAUUCACUGACGCUGAACUUGCUCGCAUAGCUCGAGCAAUAGAGAGUUACCGGGCUGACCAUGACAUAACACAGCAAGAAGUGAACGAACUCAUUCAUGCUCCUGGUGGAACCACAGCCGGAGACACUCAUGCGCAACUUUGGUCUCGAAUCUUUGCUGAAUGCCCUGACCGUCAUCGACAAAAAGUUAUCAAUAUUACUCGCAAGAAGUUUCACAACUUUGUUGCCCGUGGAACAUGGACUCCAGAUCAAGAAACUGAAUUGGCAGAACUCAUUCAACGGCACGGGACGAAAUGGUCCUAUCUUGGGAGCCUUAUCAACAGGCACCCCGAGGAUCUUCGAGACCGUUACCGUAACUACAUUGUCUGCGGCCAGAACCAGCGAAAGGAUACUUGGGAUGAAGAAGAAGAAGCUCGCCUUACUCAGCACAUCAUUGAGUCUAUGAUAGUAAUCGACCAAUUGCGAGCCAGCCAGCCAUCCAAAACCCUGUUGCAGAAGAGCUAUGAAGAGCUUAUAGAUUGGCAGAACAUUAGUGAGCUCAUGGGCCGCACCCGAAGUCGGCUGCAAUGCAUUACGAAGUGGAAAUCACUCAAUAUUCGGAUCAAUGGCAAGGAUCAUCUUGUUUCCAGUCAGCCUGAUUCCCAAAUCUCGUUUAGGCUUGAAAAGGCCCGACGGCAAAUUUCUGCAAUGCCUGUUGAGGAACGAUAUCGUCUUGUUAUGGCGGUUCAUGCUACCGCGGUUGGCGCAGAUGUCAAAAUUCCCUGGCAAAGACUCGUGGACAAGCCGUUCCGAAACCAGUGGCACCGCUAUACCCAGAUGCUUCUCUGGCGACGUUUGAAGCAGACUGUGCCCAAUUGGGAAACUACCAGUGUGCGAGAUUGUGCGCAAUAUCUAAUCGAUCAGUACAACCAAACGGGCGAUCUUCCCGAAGUGCCAGACGAACUGUUUGAUGAUGCAGACGAGAUGCAGUACAUGCAAGCCAUGGCUCCGGUUCCCUCAGCACCCGGUACGCAGGACGACGAGCGGGGCCAAGUCAGCACAGAGUUUAUCACAGAGUCCGAUGCCGAAAGUGAUCACGCCGAGCCCAAUGGAGAGACGACUCAGUUGGAAGGAGAAGAACAACCAGGAGAGCAAGCACAUGAAGACGUGGAGAUGGAGAUCGAUCCCGCCUUGGCUGACGUUGCCCAGCCACCAAAGUCAACUCCCACCAAAAAGACCUCUGGCAAAAGUCCAGGAUCUCGGAAGAGGACCCGGAAAUCUGCUGCUGCUGUAGAGGAUUCCACCGAAGACACACGGCAAGAAUCACAAGAACCACGGCAGACAGAAGAGGACAAUGCAGACGCCGACGUCGAACAGUUCCACGAGAAAACGACGCCGAGAAAGCUCAAGUCCUAUCGAGGCAAGAAGGCUGUGCGGCACUCGUCACCACCCGCAAGCGAUGCUGACAGUGUUAUGGAUGACAUGCAAGAUCUGCCCGCGCGGGUUGCUGUCGCCUAA